UGUGUUGUCAACAGGACUCCUAGCUAGCGCAAAGCCUGGGCGUAAUGAUGUCCAGCAAACUCGUGUCACUAAAGCAAAUGCUAAUAAGAUUUCUUCUGAUUCUUGUGAGAUGUCACUUCGUUAGUUAGCCGGAGAGAUAUAUUCUGUGUCAUCUUCUGUUACAUCUCAGAGCUGCCUUUGGUGUCAGGAGGAAAUGACCCAGCUGAGUGUCCGUCGUUGGACACCUAAGCACGUUGCCAAGUGGUUGAAGGAAGAGGGCUUCUGCGACUAUGUGGACCUGCUGUGCAACAAGCACCGGCUGGAUGGCACCAGUCUGCUUGCCCUCAGUGAGUACGACCUCCGCUCGCCGCCACUGGAGCUCAAGGUGCUGGGGGACAUCAAGCGGCUAAUGGUCUCCAUUCGGAAACUUCAGAAACAGAACAUUGAUUUAUUGGAGGAGCUGGGUCUUCCCUAUGAUGGCCACUCUCCCACCGGUUCCGGAGGCAGUUUGGACUGGUUGUGUAACGGAGACCCGGGGAGAGACUGCGACAGCACUGACACAGCACCAGUGGGAGAGGAGUAUCACCAGUACACUAAUGGAAAGUACAAGCAGCAGAUCCGGCGCCUCGAUCCCGAGUACUGGAAGACGGUGCUUAGCUCUGUCUAUGUGGUGUUCGUGUUUGGGUUUACAUCCUUCGUCAUGGUCAUCGUGCACGAGAGGGUCCCUGACAUGCGCACAUACCCUCCGCUCCCAGAUAUUUUUCUAGACAGUGUGCCUAGAAUACCCUGGGCAUUCGCCAUGGCCGAGGCAUGUGGAGUGAUCCUCUGUAACAUCUGGAUGCUGGUUCUGCUGCUCCAUAAACACAGGUCCAUUCUCUUGCGGCGGAUGUGCAGCCUCAUGGGGACGGUGUUCAUGCUGCGCUGUAUCACCAUGUUUGUCACUUCCCUGUCUGUUCCAGGACAGCACCUGCAGUGUUCAGGAAAGAUGUACGGCGACAUGUGGGCCAAACUACAGCGAGCUGUGGCCAUCUGGAGCGGUUUUGGGAUGACACUGACAGGGGUUCACACAUGUGGCGACUACAUGUUCAGUGGCCACACUGUGGUCCUUACCAUGCUCAACUUCUUUGUCACAGAAUACACUCCAAGAAGUUGGAAUUUUAUCCACACUUUGUCCUGGGUGCUCAACCUCUUCGGCAUCUUCUUCAUCCUGGCUGCGCAUGAACACUACUCCAUUGACGUGUUCAUAGCCUUCUACAUCACUACCAGACUCUUCCUGUACUACCACACCCUAGCUAACACUCGGGCCUACCAGCAGAGCCGGAGAGCUCGCAUCUGGUUCCCCAUGUUCUCCUUCUUUGAGUGCAAUGUCAACGGGCCGGUCCCCAACGAGUACUGCUGGCCUUUUUCUAGACCUGCUGUGCUAAAGAGGCUGAUCGGAUAAUAAGCAGCCUGCAGCAGUACUGUUAGACACAGACAGUGUUCUUUCGUCUGCUUUGUCAAGUUGCCAACUGAGGCGGUGUGCGAAAAAGACGCCUAAUAUGAGCCGCACAAGGCCUGAUGGAAUACACAGAGCCAUAUCCUUUUAAAUUUUAGGAUUUAGCUCCUAACCUGCUUUUAUUGUCUCUUUUUAAACAAAAAAACCUGCAGAGUUUCUAAAAAGCCCCAUCCCAGUUUGAUUUUACAAUACAAUGACAUCUGUUACAGACUGUUUGGAUAGCAAGAAAAUUAUGAAAUAAAUUCUCAUUUAAAAAUGCAUCUAAACCUUUACAGGAAACUGUGCAAUUAAGCUAUCUGGAUCUGGAUUCUUGAGUUUUUCCUCAUAUCCCACAUUUGAGUUCUAAAAAACGAUGUAUGUAUGUAUCUGUAUGGACCACUGUUAAAGCAAUAUGUAUAGAUUCAUAUUAUGUUAUAUAGAAAAACAUCAUUUGUCAUCAUGUUUGUUCAAUCUUCUGCAUUCCUUUAUAACACGCUGACAUUUUGACAGCAUUACUAAAGACUGAAACAGAAAUUCAUGGCUCCUUUUCAGAUAAACGACAUACACCGAAUCUUGUGUCUUUACUCAUGACAUCGCCUGCUAUUUCCUAGAAAAUAUGCAUUUAAGGAAAUGACAUUAUCAGCCAAAAAAGUUAGAAUAAAGUUUUAUCCAGCUGUCUUAAACAUAGUUCCAUUUGCCAAUUACCUGGAGUGUUACUGUGAUACAUUUCUCUGUGAAGAAUUAUUCCAAACUGCUCAUGUUUACUGUUGAAUAUAUGUAUAGGUUUUUUAAGAAGUCCACAUUCAGUGUAAACUACUAGACUUAGACCAAGUGCAACAACCUUUUCUUGAUAUUAAUUCUUUGAUGUUAAUAUGUAGUAAACAGAUGCUGAAAUUUGUAUUUGUUUAGAUUAAUUUAUUCCAUUUUAUAAAUGUCAAUAGGUAUUUUUAUAUUCUGUGUACAAGGUUGCAGCAAUGUGCACAUAGAGAAUUAUGUUUACAGUUGCUUCAAACUCUGUAUUCGUUGGAAACACGUGUUAUUUAAUUUACAUAUUCCAGCUUGUCCUGUACAUUUCAUUGAGAGAAUCGUAAAAGAUCAUCGUCAUUGCAGCAUGUUAGAAACAUGACUCUGAGUGGAGUUAACAGUCUUAACACAUCCCUUCACUGAAGAAGUAGGAUGUGUUUAUGUGCUACUGUAGAGCCAUUAAACUUCUUGUCCCGACAGUCAUUUCCAUCAAUAAAGAGCUGAAACAGGA